CUCCUCGUCAUCGUCUUCCAGAGUGAAGCCAUAGCGGGAAUUUUCCUUCGAAGCAAGAAAAGAAAGGACAGGAAAAUGAGCGAUCGAGCACGAGAUUGGGAUUUCUAUCUCCGGACCGUAUCGAACAGUGCCAGAGACUCGAACUUCGCCAAUGAUCCAGCAUCCGAUCCUUCUCUCCUGCACGCCGUGAAGAAACUCUGCGAUUUUUGUAGACAAGAAGAGAAAUCCUCCGAGGAUUUGGUCGCUAGGGUUUACCCUCAUAUCAACAAGCUCUUCCAACGAUCGAUUGCUUCCCUCUCUCAAUCUCGCUCUUCAAACGGCAUUCUCUUACUGGUCAUUCUUCAAUUUUUCCUUGAUUUUGGAGAGGUGGUUCUGCACGAUGCUGAUCCCAGUCUGAGGACAUUUUUUCGUUCAUGUUUGAGCCGUGAGUUUGCAGAUCCUGUUGUUGCAGAGGCUACCCUUGAUUUUCUAAAUGUAAACAAGAACAAACUUCUUAGUUCUUUCCCCAACUUAUUGCCACAGUUUUUCCCUUUGCUUCUGAAGCUGAUUGCAUGGCACGGAGAAAAGUUAGAAAAGCCGUUUCUCAAGGUUUUUCCAGGAUUGGUCUCACCUGGGUCAUUUCUCCCACUAUUUCCAUCUUUAGUGGACUUGCCAAUCUUGGUUGUGGCAUUGGAAAAGGUGGAACGAAGCUCAGGGUCACUAAUAGGAAGCAGUAUAGCUUCAAUCCAGAAGAGUACGGCUCCUGAGAUGCUACUUGCACUCAUGGAUGAGGCUUAUACUGGUUCUACUAUUGGGGAUGGAGGGGGAGACUCUGAGUCUGAGGAUAGCAGUACGAUAGAUGUGGCUGAUCCUCUAUUUCUUGAACUUCUCAAGGAUGAAAAUGAUGGCCUUGCUGAACGCCACUGGACUUCUCCUGGGGUUGCUGCAGUGCUACAGGCUGCAAUCAAUAGCCCUCAGUCCGAUAGAUUGAGGCAGAUACUCAAUAUGGCACCUCGGCUACUUGAUCUGUAUUUUACUAUAGCUUUGCGUGAUGCAAAUAAUUCAUUAAUCUGUGCAUUAAUUCCCAUUCUGAUGACAAGAAAUUCUGCGUUAUUUCCUGACAAGAACUAUAUGUAUGAGCUUCGCAGAAGGCUUCUAGAAUUCAUGCUUGCUGCAUUUCAGCUUUCUCCAGAUUUUAUUGCACUCUUGAAGAAGCCUAUAAUUGACAGACUCGGGGAGGCAUACGACAGCCCAGAAAAGACAGAACUGGCAUUACAAUUGUGUUGGGCUGUUGGAGAGCACGGCGGGGGUGGUGGAUCUCACAAAGAUGCAGCUAGGGAACUUUUUGAAAGUCUUGAGCUACUUUUGUAUGAAAAUCUUUCAUCUAGUCGGCUAGGCCUGAGGCAGGAGUCUGCUGUUAGUUCUGACAAUAGGAACUUCAGAAAGUCAUCACAAUCAAGGCUUCUGUGUUUUGUUAUCACAGCUAUUUCGAAGCUUGCUACAUAUCACCGUGAACUAUUGCCAAGGGCACGUGUAGCCUUGGGCAAGGUUGCUGGAUCUCGAAUAUCAGAUUCAAGGGUUUGGAGGCGAGCUCGCGAUUAUUUGGGAUUAAUGAAUGAGCCUGCUAUUUGUUUGUCUGUGUUGGGGCCUUCCCGACCUUCACAUGGACAAAUGCACUAUCCAGGCACUGUCAACUGGAAUGAAGGAGGCACAAAAAUGAUUGCACAUAUUCCAUUUUACAUUCUUGGGGAGCAGGAAGGUCCGCCCUUCCAUGAUUUUUCGUUUUCAGAUAUUCUUCCCAGAAGAUGAUAGCAACCAACUUUAUCCUAUAGAAAGGGCAUCCCUGGAGUUCCUAAUUUUAUUGGAGUUUCCAGUUUAGAGAUUUAUCAUUCUUUUUUUCUUGUGAUUAUGAAUUUUUUUGUUAUAACAUUAGAGUGCAUUAGACCCGAAUGAAGUACUGGUAUCAUAGAACAUAAAUGAUCUAUUCUUCUUCCUGGUUGAUUGCUUUGUAUACCUUGAGCUUCUGAAUGAGUGAAUGUACAAACAAAAUUUUUUUAUGGGAAAUGUACAAACAUUUUAAACAAAUAAAUAAAAGAAUUAUAUGUUGAUUAAUA